AUGGCUGGUGAAUCCCAGGACCUCCGGCCAGGCCAGGCUGGCCGGCGAGGACAGAGCCCAGAGGCCCCCAGCUCCCUGCGGACGGAGGGGGCAGACUGUAAUGGGGACCUGAAGCUGGAGUGGCUGGAAUCGAGCGCCAUAAAGCUGCCUCUGACCCAGUAUUGCCUCACUGGGGAGCAAAGGAGCAAGGACCUGGGUGGCCUCAGCAACCCAGACACUGGGCACUGCCAGGCUCCUCCUCCCCAACGCCCAGGCCCUUAUCAGGAAGCAAUUUGGGUUGGUGGGGAGGGGGAAGUCCGAGGCCCCAGGCUCAGCAAGGUGGGUAAGAGAGAUAGGGAAGCGGGGAGGGGGCUGCAGGGGUCCUGCUGGGAGGGGCAGAAGCUGGACGGGAUGCCCAGAGCCAGCGUGGUGGGGGGCUCUCGCCAAGCACCGUCCUUGCUGGCCGGCCCCUCGACACGGUUCCAGGUCUGCUCCUGCCUUCCAUCCUUGCCAGGCAAGAUGCCCGCACCUUUAAUUAGCAAGCAGCAGCCUCUCCCCGAUUCAUCACAGUCACUGUUUAAUUAG